AGUACGGCGGCACAUACUCACUGAUUUCUAUGGACCUUAACAAAUUAUAACGCAGGCACUUUAUUUAUCCUUUAAUUUCUUAUCCUUUUAUUUCACGUUUGUUACACGCUGGAGAGCUGAGCAGUUCACAAUGAACCUAGAGCUGCUCGAGUCUUUCGGCCAGAAUUACCCAGAGGAGGCGGAUGGCACUCUGGACUGCAUCAGUAUGGCCCUCACGUGCACGUUCAACCGCUGGGGCACCCUGCUGGCUGUGGGCUGCAACGAUGGCCGCAUCGUCAUCUGGGACUUCCUGACCCGCGGCAUCGCCAAAAUAAUCAGCGCACACAUACACCCCGUCUGCUCGCUCUGCUGGAGUCGAGACGGCCAUAAACUGGUCAGCGCGUCCACGGACAACAUCGUGUCCAUGUGGGAUGUUCUGACGGGCGACUGUGACCAGCGAUUCCGCUUCCCCUCGCCCAUCCUCAAAGUGCAGUAUCACCCUCGAGACCUAAACCAAGUGCUGGUGUGUCCAAUGAAGUCAGCUCCAGUGCUGUUGACCCUGGCUGACUCCAGGCAUGUUGUCCUGCCGGUGGAUGACGACUCAGACCUGAAUGUGGUGGCAGCGUUUGACCGCCGUGGAGAGUACAUAUACACUGGCAAUGCCAAGGGAAAGAUUUUGGUGUUGAAAACUGACAACCAGGAGCUGGUGGCUUCAUUUCGUGUGACAACAGGAACUAGCAACACCACUGCAAUCAAGUCGAUAGAGUUUGCACGUAAGGGCAGCUGUUUCCUCAUAAACACGGCGGACCGCAUCAUCCGUGUGUACGACGGGCGGGAGAUCCUGACCUGCGGGCGGGACGGAGAGCCGGAGCCCAUGCAGAAGCUGCAGGACCUGGUGAACAGGACCCCGUGGAAGAGGUGCUGCUUCUCUGGGGAUGGAGAGUACAUUGUGGCUGGCUCUGCCCGCCAACACGCCCUGUACAUCUGGGAGAAGAGCAUCGGGAACCUGGUGAAGAUCCUCCACGGCACCCGCGGGGAACUGCUGCUGGAUGUUGCAUGGCACCCGGUCAGGCCCAUCAUUGCCUCCAUCUCCAGUGGUGUGGUGUCCAUCUGGGCUCAGAACCAAGUGGAAAACUGGAGUGCAUUUGCACCGGACUUUAAGGAGCUGGAUGAGAACGUGGAGUAUGAGGAGAGGGAGUCUGAGUUCGACAUUGAGGAUGAGGACAAGAGCGAACCUGAGCAAACAGGGGCAGACGCUGCAGAGGACGAGGAGGUAGAUGUGACCUCCGUGGACCCCAUUGUGGCAUUUUGCAGCAGUGACGAGGAGCUGGAGGACUUCAAGGCGCUGCUGUACCUACCCAUCGCCCCUGAGGUGGAGGACCCGGAAGAGAACCCCUUCGGCCCCCCGCCUGACUCCGCCCCUGACGACGGCUCCGCCCACGCGGGGGGCGGGGAGAAGAAGCAGCGCCCGCCCCCUGCCGACGGAGCCCCGCCCAGGAAGAAGGCCCGGACCACCACCAUCCAGCUGCCCGGGGUCCCCAGUGACGAAGUGCACCCCCUGCUGGGCGUGAAGGGCGACAGCAAGUCGAAGAAGAAGGCGGCCGGCCGGCCGAAGGGCUCGAAAGGUAACGAGAGAGACUCUCAUUUUAAGCGCAAACUUCUCAAGGGGCACAGAGGGCUGGUCGUGGAGGCGCGAGGAGGAGCGGGACUGAAGGGCAAAGUGCAGGCAGAGACAGGACGGCUCAGGCCAGGGAAUUUGGUGACCGUGCCUUUCACGCAGCAUGAAGUUCAGGGAUUGGACUGAUUUUGCGAACACUGCCUCCCAGUGGCCGGAGGUCGAACAGCCACCUGCACUUUCUAUGCUCCGUUCCCUAAGGAUGUGUGUUGGGUUUGAAGUACGUUUUUGUGGCGUUGACAUUUGGAAAUUCAAAAAGUGACGGUGCACUCCCACAGCUACAGAAACACAAAUUACAGGAUACAAUGCCACAGUACUCCAGUCCAACCUCGGUGUCUGUCCAUCACAUAGUACAGUACCCCACACCCCUCCAAACCACUGCUACUCGGCGCAGAGCUACAUGCAGACACCCAUAACUGCAUAACUCUUCCUCCGCCUGGUGAAAAUAUCCAGCUGUGUGAUGCACUUUUGGAACCAAUCAAGCAGCCAGUGUGUGUAGCAAAAAUGUCAAUUUGUUUAAAAUAGAUUUUUGAACAUUUCUUGCUUUUUUGUAUCUUUUCUCUUUUUUUUUACUUUGAUAAAAGAACGUGUACCAUAUGUGUGUAAAUAUUCUGUUGUAAGAAUGAUUCUCCUGUCAUUGUGCCUCUGUGAGCUUUCUGUUUCUUCCGCCUAUAUACAUGUGAAAAGAUUUUAAAAUGAACACAAUAAAGAAACAAAAAUUUGAA